CAAACCUUUCUACUUUUAGUAACCCCAAUACUCUUCCUUCCUUCUCCUCUCUUCCCAUCAGUUAUGCCCCCUCCUGUGGCAGAUUCUCCUGCUUCUCUCUCUCACCCUUAUGCUUUCAUUGUUUCCCCUGUUCCCUCUUUCAACCCAAGCUGUCAUGAGAAUCUGCAAAGUGAACAUCAAGAAAUUACCAAAAGACUAUCCAACGCACAAAGACAAAGAAUUGUUGAACUCAUCCUACUAUAUUCAAGAAAGAACAUCUCAGGUCAACACACAGCUCAGAAAGGGAUUAUCAGCAAAGUUGCUGCAGAUUUUAAUGUUUCAAGAAGGACAGUAGGUGCCAUAUGGAGCAGAGCUAGAAAACAACUACUAGAGGGUGUUGCCAUUGAUGUGAAGAGCAGACUUCCAGUGAAUUCAGGCAGAAAAAGAGUUUCUAUAGACAUUGAGACCAUUGGAAACACUCCUCUUGCCCAAAGGACAACCAUUAAAAGAGGUUUGCUAAGAAGUCAUUCAAAUGCAAUCAAACCCUUUUUAACAGAUGAAAACAUGUUGAAUAGAUUGCAGUUCUGUUUCAAUCAAUUGGAACCCACUAGCAUCCCAUGUAAUCCCAGAUUUAAAACAUUUCACAAUGUUCUGCACAUGGAUGAGAAGUGGUUUUUCAUGUCUAAAACAUCACAGAAGUAUUAUCUUACCAAUGAUGAAAUGGAUCCAUACAGAACAUGUAAGUCUAAACGCUUCAUAACUAAGGUCAUGUUCUUAUGUGUUGUUGGUAGACCAUUCAUAUCAGAGAAUGGAGAGAUUUUAUGGGAUGGAAAAAUUGGAAUAUUUCCUUUUGUUGAAACUGUGGCUGCUAAAAGAAAGAGUAAAAACAGGGAGGCAGGUGUAUUAGAAGUGAAACAACUUCUGAGUGUCACCAAAGAAGUGACUAAAGAUAUGCUGGUGAACCAGGUUAUCCCUGCAAUUAGGGAGAAGUGGCCCUCUUUCUUGGAUAGGAACAUAAUUCUCCAGCAAGACAAUGCAAAGCCACACAUUUCUGCCACAGAUCCAGAGUUUAUGGCAGCAGCAAGUGGGAAUGGCUUCAACAUCAUCCUAACUAACCAACCCCCCAACUCCCCAGACCUCAACAUUCUAGACUUGGGUUUUUUUAGAGCCAUCCAAUCACUGAAAGAGAAAACUGCUCCUAAAAAUGUGGCAGAGCUAGUUGAGGCAGUUAAGGGUGCAUAUGCAACACUUACUCCACAAACAUUGAACAAAGUAUGGUUGAGCUACCAACAUGUGAUGCAGGAAGUAAUGAAUAAUGAUGGAGGAAACAAGUACAAGCUACCACAUAUGGCAAAAGACAGGUUAGCUAGAGAAGGAACACUUCCAGUGACUCUAAAUGUACCCCACACACUAUUGGAGAAGACAGUAAGGGUGCUGAGCAAUAGGUCUGUGCAAAAUGAAGAGCAAGUAUUGCAUUAGUUCAUGAAUGAAGAUGGAGAAGAGUUCUCAUCUUCAGAAAUGAACUGAGUGUGUUUCAUAACAUCAAGGAGUUUUUUUUGUGAAUGACUGGGUACAUGUUUUUGGCUUUUGAAUUUUGUAUAUGUAAGUAAUGAAGAGUAGGCUAGUAA